AUGUUAGAUACACGCUCUCUCGGUCUUCUACUGAUUUGUGUAAGUUGAUUUUUUUCUCAGAAAAUAGAAAUUUUUUCUUUUUCAGUGGUCAGUUCUUGGUGUUGUUUUCAAUUGGUCUGUUGUGUUUUUCAUCAAAAAACUUCCGAAUCUCAACAGUUCUUUUGGAAUAUUAACUGCAAAUCAAGCAAUCGGUGAUGGAAUUCAUUCACUUUUUUUCUUAAUUUAUGCUUCCCCAAUGAUAUUUUUCGAUAAUCAAAUAAUGAUGGAAUAUUCAAGUGUUUGCGGAUUUAUUCUUCUUUUCAGCUAUGAUUUAUCAAUCAUGUCACAUUUUUUGAUUUCUUGUAAUCGUUUCUGUGCUGUUUAUUUCCCGAUAAAAUACACAAUAUUUUUCGACAAAACAAAAACAUAUUAUGGAUGUCUCGUAGUUUUGAUCAUCUCAAUUCUUUGUCCAACUGUUCUAUAUUCCGUUUCCUGUCGUUUUUACUACAAAAAAGAUUUAUAUAUGUUUAUAUACAGUUUGGAACCACUGUGUCAAAUAUUUUCAUAUUAUAUAGAUUUUGUCAAGUAUAUGAUGAUUGUAAUCAGUAUUGUGAUUAUUGACUUGUGCACAAUUUUCAAAGUUAGAUCUCAAAGAAACAAAGUUGCAAGAAACAUAAACACGUUGUUCAUUGAGAAACGAAUUCGCGAAAUGAGUUUUCUUCGACAAACUUUGUUUCAAGGCUCGAUUUUUGUCACUGAACUCAUCACAUAUUUUAUCAUUUGUCCUUUAACCAAAAACGAUCUUCUCAGAUUCUGGUGUUCAAUGUUUGCUUGGGUUUUUGUUCAUGCAAGCGACGGGUAAGAGCUAUUGUAACAGUUUUUUGUUUAAUGCAAUUUUAUUCAGGGCGGUGACUUUAUACUGUAACAUUGAAUUCAGAAAUUAUCUCAAUAAAAAACUCAAAGACAUAUUUUGCAAAAAACCUAGCAUUAUUCAACCUAUGGUCAAUUCAAUGGCAUUAAUUACAGUUUCACAUAAUCCUAAUUCAAAUAACAGUUGCGUGGCUGAGAGAAACUGGUAAUAGUAUUUUGUAAAUUCUGACUUUUAUAAAGUUGUUAUUAUGUAUUAUGUUAUCUUUUUACUGUCGAGAAUUUUCCCAGAACUUCGAAUAAAAAUAAUGCAUAUACAUAUGAACUUUUAUUAUUUUGAGUUCGAACAACCAAGUUACGGUAAUACUUUGAAUAUAGCCUAAUUUGUCUGAUUGGUCCCAGAGGAACUUUGUCUAGCAUCUAGAAUUCAAUUUGUUCAGAAAAUCAAAAAUAAAAAACAAUGUUCAACACCUACACAAUUGCAAGUAUCAUCUUUGUUGUGAGUUAGAUUUUACCACCACUAUCUAUCUUAAAAUAUUUCCCAGAUUUCACUUUUUGGUGUAAUUUGCAACUGGUCCGUUGUCUUUUUCAUCAGGAAAAUACCAAACCUCAAUAGUUCUUUUGGAAUUCUAACUUUUAAUCAAGCAUUGGCCGAUGGAAUCCAUUCUUUUUUAUUUUUCACUUAUGUUUCCCCAAUGAUAUUUUUUGGAAAUGAGUUUUUGAUUAAUUCAUCUGGAUUUUUUGGAUUCAUCUUAUUAACUGCUUAUGAAAUGUCGACAAUGUCUCAUUUUCUAAUUUCUUGCAAUCGUUUCUGCGCAGUAUAUUUUCCACUACAAUAUACAAAUAUAUUCAGCAAACAAAAUACUUACAUUUUCUGUUGUUGUGUUGCAUUACUUUCGUUGAUAUUUGUAAUCGUAAUUUAUGCAGGUAACUCCAAUUGAAUUUUCUUGAAAUAAUUUUAUGCAGUCCCAUGUGUUGUAUAUUAUGAUUACAAUCUUCACAUGUUUGUCUACACAAAUACCCAAAUUUGUCAAUUAUUUUCAUACUAUCUGGAUUUUGGCAAAUACAUAACAGUAGUUAUCAGUAUUGUUAUAAUUGAUUUUGCCACAUUAUACCGUGUAAAAUCACAACAGCGGAAAAUAACAGUUCAAUUGAAUUCAUUGUUUAUUGAAAAACGAAUUCGAGAAAACAGUUUCUUACGUCAAACAAUAUUUCAAGGUGUACUUUUUACAACUGAACUUAUAACCUAUUUCAUAAUCAGCCCAAAAGUGAAAGAUGAUACAAUUCGAUUAUGUUGCACUUUGCUUGCUUGGGUUACUGUACACGCCAGUGAUGGGUCAGUUUUUGAUAUCUCUAAAAAGUUUUCAGAUUUGUUUUUUUUCAGAGCUGUCACUCUUAUUUGCAACAUUGAAUUUCGAAAAUUCAUAGAAUCCAAAAUUCAUAAAAUUCUUCUUAAAAUGGUAUUUCCAGUGGAAUCAACAACUGUAAUGGGCCGAGUUACAGCAGUUACGUAA